CUAUCUCGUUUCCCGCACCCCCUAGACCAACGCUUUGCAUUUGGCUUUUCUUCCAGGACUCUGCCUGACGACGACCAACAUCCUUUACGAUUCCCUACGACAUUCGAGAUUCACCGCAAAAUUUCCCGCCUUCUGGGUCGUCCUGUUCAUGUCGCAUUCUCGCCUUCAGACGUCCCUGGCCCUGAGCCAUUAACCUUCUAACCUCGCUUCUCGAUCGGAGACAACCUUACUUGCUGCACCUCCCCGAACAGACCCCCUCGGCUGCACCCGAUUCUGGAUGGCUCUGGGUACCGACAGUUUGCGCAACGCUUCGAAUCCCUCAAAUUCCCAUACACCCAUCUGAUCGCCUCCGCAAUUAAAACACUGCCUCCUCAGCAUGGCUUCGACACAAACCGCAUUGCCGUUCCUCACGCGCAACUAUUCCAACACGCAAACACAGUACCCCCCACCCAACGGUCCCUGGCCCAGUCGUCGGACGUCACUUUCCAGUUUCCCAGCUUCGAGGUCCCCUUCGUCAAUGUCCAAUACGUCUCGCCCGUCGCGAUCUCCUCAACCGCCUCCCAUUGUCGAGGCGGAUCGUUCUUCAAACCCGAGCUCCAAGUCCAAGACGCCGUCGACCGGCGUGUCUUCACAACACUCAUCUCUAUCCGCCCCGAGGCGCUACAACCCUGAUGCGCAUCCCCCUCGUAAGCUGCGCUCACAGUACCCUCGUGGGUCUACCGAGAACCAUGUCGAGUACAUUCUGGUCGCUUCUUUCGAUAUCGACCGCGGCCCGGUAAUGGAGCACCAAUAUCCUGUCUCCAUCACCGGCGACGAGCACAUGCUGGCGGAGCUCAUGUUACCCGAUCAGGCCCACGUUCGGAAUCAGGACUGGACUAUCUUUUUCCUGCACAAGGACACGAGCCAGGAGGAGGAGGACGAGGAACGCAAAGCCAAGGAGGCCAGGAAGAAGAGGAGGAGACGCCUGCGCAACCGAGCUGCUGGAAUUGUUGAUGAAGAUGACGGCAGCGAGGACUUGGACGAUGAAGAGGGGAGGCUGGAUGAUUUGAACGAGCUCGACGAUUCCGAGUCGGACGAUGAAGAACCCGAAGGAGGGGAAGGGCCGCCUCUGAUCUAUGUGUUGAAUCUGGUCAACACAAAACAGGACAAGACGGUCAAGAGAGGCGCUGUUGUGAAAGCAAUGGCAAUCUGCACAAGGCACCCGUUCCUGCACAUAUACAAGCCCCUUUUACUGCUGGCCCUUGACGAAUACUUCAAGGCACCGGUUCCUGAGACAUUGGCCUUGCUGUACGAUGCCGUCAACUCCAUGGAUCUGUCUCUCAUGCCAAAACUCAGCCUGCUUGAGAGACAUUUGCUGUUAGCCAGUGACAACAAAGACUUGUUUGUGGAGAAGUUCGAACAGAUGAUUCAAAUGAGGAUAGCCGAGGACCGCGGAGAGCACCUCGCCGGUUUGUCCUUUGAUUCGGGCCGAGAUUCGCAAAAGCUACCUGGCGUUUCCAGAGCAGGGACAAAAGCUCACAUUGAGGGGUCAUCACAAUACUCUGUACCCCGCGAUACGCACGAGUUCGAAAGCAAAGUUAUGUACAAGGGCAUCCCGAUUCCGAUCAAGGUUCCUGUUGCCGUCAUGCCCGAAACCGUAGGCGACUUCUCUUUGAUCAAACUCAUCCAGAAAUUUUCUGAGCCGCAGGGCAAAGCGCCACAGCCCUUCCCCUUGCACGCGCAGUUGACGACAAACGGCCCGAAUACACACCCAAUCAUUGUGCUAGUCAACGCAUUACUGACGCAGAAGCGCGUCAUCUUCCUGGGGCACAAUAUGCCUUCGGGCGAGGUUGCGGAGGCAGUCUUGGCGGCAUGCGCCCUGGCAUCUGGCGGUACACUCAGGGGCUUCACCCGGCACGCGUUCCCGUACACCGACCUGACAAAGAUCGACGAUCUCCUCAACGUGCCUGGGUUCAUCGCUGGUGUCACGAAUCCAACGUUCGAGCUGCACCCCGAAUGGUGGGAUGUCUUGUGCGACUUGCCCACGGGACGAGUUAAGAUCAGUAGCAAGAUUGAACCGGCACCCGUGACAGAGGGGAUGGUCUACUUCCAACAACAGAAUCCAGCAUACGCUGGGCUCGUUGGAGGCGCCUCCAAGGUUGCGGCCGAGAGCGAUCUCACCGGGGACGUGGCGUUCAUGCAAGACAUACUGAGGAGCAUAGCGGCCAGGCAUGGUGAGCGGGUAAUUCGCGCCAAAUGGCGAGACUGGGUGAUCAGGUUCACGCGAAUUGCAGCUGCUUUCGAAGAGAGCGUAUAUGGCGCUAGUGCUCUUUACAUUGGUGGCGAUGAGCUGGAGAUGGGGCCUAUAGUGGUCAACGGGCAUGGCUACGUGUGGCCCAACGAGCAGGCGAAAUCCAAGGAGCUGGCAGGAAAUGUGACGAGAAUCGAAGGAUGGCGAAACACAAGGAGCUACUACAGCUUCAUCCAGGACCUCGCACUCAUGUACACGAUAAAGCCGCUCAAAGGUCUGGACUUGCACCACAUGCAUGACCGCCUACGGACGCAGCGGUUGAACCCGAUGCAAAGCAAAGAAAUCUACAUGGCCUUCUCCAAAUACGUCUACUCUUACGAUGAGAUUUGUCUCUUACUGAGCGUGGCGCCCGAAUCGCAUGCUGGUUUAUUCUACAUCGCCCUUGGCCUCUUUCAUAAGGACCGCGAAGUGCGCGCCAAGACGGCCGAUUUGUUAGAACGCAUCGCCGAGCACGAGGCGGGUCAGCAUUGGUGGAACGCACUCAGCCGGUUCGAGAAACUGGCGUACAACCGCAUACGCAAGGAGCUGGAUAUGGAGAUGCGAAUGAAGCUCGAGAAGGAGAGUGUGAAUCCCGAGGUGGAGAAACGGGUCAGCUAGGCGCUUUCACACACUGGUUCGGUUGCAAUCUUCUAGAUAUCCUUCAGGACGACGGACGGUCUCUAUACCCGGCACUGGCGUUUCUGCUCAGUACCCAUGUCACGCGCAACAUGGAAUGCGCAAAAAGGGAAAGGGCUGCUGCUUUUGGGUUUGCACAUCACGAAGGUCAUGAUGGGAAUGGGUGCAUGAACGUCGGUUAUUUUUUGUCGAAUUUCAAGAGUCUCAGCAGCAACAACAGCAGCAGCCGCAGCAGCAGCAGCAGCAUAUUCCUAGAAAAGAAGAGAGAAGAAAAAAAACUAAAUUUCG